CAGCUGUUGGAGACAACUAGCCAGCCGAUGAUGCGCCGUGAAAAUGGCCUGGCAGAACUUCAUUGUCCCGAUCAUCGGCAGUCUAACCACCAUGGGGUCAUGUUACUUGAUUGGAUGUUACCAGCUCUCGUUUGGAUGGAUUUUGGUGCUGGUCACUCUGCACUGCAUCAAGUCGUACAUGUGGCGAAAACGCGAGAAGCGACUGUUGGCAUUGCGCCAAACUGCACUCCAAGAAAGAGAAGUUCGGUAAUAUUAGCCCAGUUGCAAGAUUUGCCGGCUUGGGUUCAAUUUCCGGACACCGAACGGGUUGAAUGGCUUAAUAAGGUUAUCCUACAAUUAUGGCCAUAUAUUGGUGAAUAUUCGAAGUAUUUUAUGCGUGAAUACAUCGAGCCCCAGGUCAAAUCGCAACUGCCUGCCGUCUUUCGGUCAUUUAAAUUCACAAAAAUGGAUAUGGGUGAUAUUCCGUGCCGCGUCGGUGGCAUAAAAGUAUUUCUUUUUCGAGAAUAUCAUUAA